UGUAGAUUGUAAGUCUAGUUUGUUGUUCACACUCCGGAGCAGAUGGUGGCAGUAAUGCACCAAAAGCUGGAUGAUGAAGAAGGAGGAAGAGGAAGAGGAAGCAGCUGCUGUCAGCAGUAUGGCGGAGCAGCAGCCGGCAGGGAAGCUGCCUCUUCCUCGUCUCUCCGCUCCUCCGAUGUGCAGAUCAAAGCCUCGCAGACGCAACAAGACUCAACAGGAAAAGCAAACUAAGAAGAAAGAAUUAGAUCGAGCCAGAAACAAAACGAGGUUAAACAUCGGAGCUUCUUUCCAAAGGUGGAGACAAUUAAGAGAUGAGGAAGGCUUCGAGAGCGACGCGGAGUUAGCGAGGUUUCUGCUCGAUAACAUCAGCGGGUCUGGAGCAGAAGCCAUGCCGUGGAGGUGCUGUGUUCCCGGGUGUAAAGGCUAUGAUGAGGCUCGGUCUUUAGGAGUGGUCUUCCAUGGUUUACCCACCAGAGACCCGGAGCGCUGCAGAAUCUGGCUCAGAACCAUCCAGAACCCCCGACUGCACGAGGACAUGCCCGCGUCUAAAUACAGCGGGGUCCGGGUCUGCAGCCUUCACUUCCGGCCGGACGACUACGAGGAAGACUUCCGCGCCAAGAUCCUGAACACAACCCCGAAACCGAGCCUGAAGAGCGGCGCGGUGCCGUCCGUGUUCCCCGGGAGAGAGAACCGGGAGGCGGGCAGCAGCGACGCGUCUCCCCGCCCCGCGCCCAAGAGAAGCAGAGCCCCGUCGGUCUCUGCAGCUGCAGGCGGCUCCUCUCCGUCUCACCCGGCCGACGACAGUUUCUGCAUCGUGGUGUCGGUCGACUCGCUGGACGACAGCUGCGAGUCCGACGAAGACGAGGGGGACGAAGACGAGGAGGACUGCGCCAUCGUCCACCAUCAAAACCUCAUGGAGCUUUUCCAGAUGUGUCAGACGUGCGGCCAGCCGAUCGCAGACAAGCAGGUUUUCCACUCGGGGGCUCAGACGCGGGUGACGUGGAGCUGCAGGGGGGGGCACGCGGGCACCUGGAGGUCCUCGCCUCACCUGCGUCACACGCUCAAGUGAAACCCGCCGAAGUGAAGCUGCUGCUGAGCGUUUAAACGUUCAGGAAAAAGGACCAGAAUCAGAACCCAAAGAACAUUUUUUUUAUAUUUAAAAAAAAAAGAAGAAAAAAAAGAGUCUGAAUCUUCAGAGAGAAACGAACAGCUGAGAGCUUCACAACAGUUCAUGACCACGGCCGUAGCUCCCAUUGAGGACACCGAGCUCAUGUCCUCAGUAUUUUUUUCUUGAGGUUUUAUUUCAUUGUGAAGUGAAAAUAGCCGACGAGACAAUUAUCCUUGCAUCAACGGACCGUCACGUGACACAUACUUGCAGAUACCGCUGCCAUGUCAAAAUGAAAGUAGUCGGCUAUAGCCAGCAGCGGAGUGAGGUCUUGAAAUCCACCGGCCCGGCCCCGGUGUUAUGUCCCAAUUGGUUUCCAAUUUAACUGGUUUCCAGGUCCAGCUUGUGUUGCACUUCCGUCAGCAGAUUCCUCACAAAUAUACAGCCAGCAGCAUAUUACUGGAGAUGUUUAAGUGGCAGUUAUAUAUAUAUAUAUAUAUAUAUAUAGAGCUCACUUCCAGAAACAAUAUUUGCUGCAGUAAAUGAAAAUCGCCAGAAAUAUAGAUUUUGCAAACUGUUCAUUCAUUGGACGACGAGCCCUUUUCUCCCAGCAUGCCGUGCUCCAUUCCACAUUUUAAGAACAAACAAAGAAAAUAAUAUGUUGCAGAUAUAAUUUUUAAAUAUGCAACCACGGAAGUUGUAGAAUAAUGAAAUAGGAGUUGAUUUAAGUUGCUAAAUUGGAAGUGAUGAAAACGAACUGGAACACAAGAGAGAGCAUGACUGAGAAAUGCAAGAAAGCGUUAUAAAUACAUCAUGGAUUACAUUAAUCUAGUACAUAUGUCAUGGCUACGGCCUUGUUCAUGACGUCAUCAAUGGAAACUGUGAUAAACUCUUUGUCUCGUAUUCAGCUGAACUCUCUUCUCUUUGUGUCUCUGAAGUUUGUAAAUGUAUUAAAACCAUUUAAAAUAAAUGAAUUAUGAUAU